AUAAAAUAUUUUCCUUGCCGCUUACGCAGUUCGCUCGAGAAAUGACAUCAACAACAUAACCUAACUUCUCAAAAAUGAAUUAUAAAAUCGUUUUUGUGCUUCUAUCCGUUGUUUUCGUGUUAAAUAUCGAAGCUAAGGACUUUGUGGACGGAACAAAAGUGAAUAAUUUGUUGAUCUCCACAGGGAAAGUUGUUGUCAAAGGAUAUCCGUUAAUAAAAAGGGACAAAGACUAUGUCUAUGUUGAUCCUAAGCUGCGAGUAAUCAAGGGUAUCAUCGCCAGAGAUUUAUCCCGAACGAAAGCAGAAGUCACCGUGACAAGUGGCGGUGUCGGGGCUACCAAUGUGACUCUUCACUUAAAAAGCGAAAGAGGGGAGGGACUGAAUUACCUAAUACUCAUAUUUGGUCAAAAUUCUUAAAUAAUUUUAAUUUUAUACAUCUUGAUAAUUAUAGACCUGCAAUGUAUCGCUAAAAUAUAAUUGUUUUAAUGUUAAUAUUUAUUAGUUUUAAAAUGUUUUAAAUAAAGAAUUAUCUUUUUC